GAAGGAAGAGGCCAAGUGAGGAAGGAAAUAAGGAAGGUAAGUUUAAAAAAAAAUAGAUGAAACUGAUAAUCUUCCCAGCCUUUGUGGUUAUGUCUCUACUUCCACUGGACCGGUUCAGAACCAGAGUGGAAAAUAAAGAGACAGCUUUUGCUUUCUCCUUUUUAACCCGGUUUAAAGUGUCUCUGGCGCCCCCAGCGUCCUUCCACAGACACCGACAGUGAAAUCAUGUAGCAUGAUGAUCACAGAUCCUCUCUCACAGCUCCCAGACGCACAUAACUGAAAUUGUACAACAACCAUUUCCUACAGGGACUGUCUCCACCCCCUUUACUCGGCUUUAGCGCUGAACCGCACGGCUCGGCUCGGCUCGGCUCUCCUCUCUGCUCGCCCCGGCCCUCCUCCAGGGCUGCCUGAGCCGGUCUUUGAUUGGACUAGAGUCGACUAGCCUUUGGCCUCUAACCCCGCUGAUGUUGGCUGGCUGCUUCCUGCUCCCUCCGCUCCCCCUGACCGACUAGACGAAGCCUGCCGUAGCCGCACGGCGAAGCGCUCUGCACGGACACAGCCGACCGGGACGAGCCGCUGCAGACGGACCGGAGCAGAGCCACAAAACGAGCAGACAGGCGGACGGAAAAAAAAAAGAAGCAGCCAUGCGGAGGAAAUCGAGGAUAUUGUUAUGUUUUGCCGUGCUGUGGGUGCUGGGGAUAGCCUACUACUUCUACUCGGGCACAGCGUUGAGUCGAAAGGAUGAUUGGGCCUCCAAUGAUUCGGAGAAACCUCACGUCUCUGACGACAAGCCUCACAACCUGGAGACUCUGCCACCAGGUAAGGUGCGCUGGCAGGAUUUUGACCAGGAUCUGUACGUCGGAGCCACGGUAGUCCGACCGGGUCAGGAUCCGUACGCCAGGAACAAGUUCAACCAGGUGGAGAGCGACAAACUCCGUAUGGACAGAGCCGUGCCCGAUACAAGACAUGACCACUGCAGACAUAAACAAUGGAAGUCAGACCUGCCGGCCUCUAGUGUCGUCAUCACAUUCCACAAUGAAGCUCGCUCCGCUCUGCUGAGGACUGUGGUCAGUGUCCUGAAGAAAAGUCCUCCUUACUUGGUCAAAGAGAUCAUUCUGGUGGACGACUACAGUGAUAACCCGGAGGACGGAGCGCUGCUGGGGAAGAUUGAAAAAGUGCGUGUGUUGAGAAAUGACCGCAGAGAAGGACUGAUGCGUUCAAGGGUUCGUGGUGCAGAUGCCGCGACAGCACCAGUCCUCACAUUCUUGGACUCUCACUGUGAAUGUAAUGACCACUGGCUAGAGCCGCUGCUGGAGAGAGUGGCUGAGGACAAGACCAGAGUAGUUUCUCCUAUCAUCGAUGUCAUCAACAUGGACAACUUCCAGUAUGUAGGAGCCUCGGCCGAUCUGAAAGGAGGUUUUGACUGGAAUUUGGUGUUUAAAUGGGACUACAUGACUUUGGAUCAGAGACGAGCCAGACAAGGCAACCCCAUCGCCCCCAUAAAGACUCCAAUGAUAGCAGGAGGUCUAUUUGUCAUGGAUAAGGAAUACUUUGAGCUGCUGGGAAAGUAUGACAUGAUGAUGGAUGUAUGGGGAGGAGAAAACCUCGAGAUCUCAUUUCGUGUGUGGCAGUGUGGUGGUAGUCUGGAGAUCAUCCCCUGCAGCAGAGUUGGCCAUGUCUUCAGAAAGCAGCAUCCAUACACCUUCCCUGGGGGCAGUGGGACUGUGUUUGCACGGAACACGAGGAGAGCAGCAGAGGUCUGGAUGGAUGAGUAUAAAAACUUCUACUACGCUGCUGUGCCCUCAGCUAGAAACGUCCCAUAUGGAAAUAUCCAGAGUCGUUUGGAGAUGAAGAAAAGAUUAAGCUGCAAGCCAUUCAAAUGGUACCUGGAGAAUGUCUACCCUGAACUACGAGUCCCGGAUCACCAGGACAUAGCGUUUGGAGCCUUGCAGCAGGGAGGAAACUGUCUGGACACCCUGGGUCAUUUUGCUGACGGGGUUGUGGGCGUCUAUGAAUGCCACAACGCUGGAGGAAACCAGGAGUGGGCCCUGACCAAGGAUAAAUCAGUCAAACAUAUGGACUUGUGUCUGACUGUGGUGGACAGAACAGCUGGUUCCCUCAUCAAACUACAAGGCUGUCGAGAGAAUGACAGCAGACAGAAAUGGGAGCAGAUCGAGUCCAACUCGAAGCUUCGUCACGUGGGCAGUAACCUUUGUCUGGACAGCCGCAGUGCCAGGAUGGGCGGGCUCACUGUGGAGGUCUGCAGCCCGAGCCUCAACCAACAGUGGAAGUUCACCCUCAAUCUACAAUCAUAGGGGGCGCUACAGACCCUGAGAAGAGUUGGAUAUUGGAUAGAGACACUAAAAGACUCUGAGACCUGGAUAAAGAGAUGGAAAUAGACUUGAGGAGAAAGACAGAACUUGAUGGAUUAAUGGAUCCCUCUCACUCCUCCUCCUCAAGAGGUGCAGCCAGUCACGUCUAUACACCUCUCCCCCACCUCACCCCUCCCCAAUAAAACAAAGAGCCACACCCAGUGGGGAGGGGCUUGUAGACUAUAAUGGAGUAGACAGGAAACUGACUGUAUUUGGAGGAUGGAUGGUGAUGAUCAUGAUGAGGAUAAAAGCGAUGAAGAGGCUUUCCAUCCACACUACAUACCUCAGUGUUUUUUCAUUGAUGGUUCCAGAUGCAAAUGACGAGUGAAUUCUUUCUGUUCUUUUACUUUCUUUAAUGCUGGUGAAACUAGAACUCUGACGUUUUUACUUUGUAAUUAUUUUAUUUUAUUAUUAAUAUUUUUUAUUUCUUGCUGUCAAUUUCCCACGGAGGUUCACAGGAGCUUUUUUUUUUGUUCUCAAAACAAUGGGAUGUUGGUGUAGUUGCUCCUCUCCGGUGCUCUCUCUGGUUUUAACCACCGAACUGGAGUCUGUAAUGGCAGAUGGAGGCUUCAGGUCGUGGUUUUGGUGAGGUUUUGGUGUAGGGUGAUGUAUAAGGAGGAAAUGGACUCGAUUCCUUGAGCGUUUUCUCUCAUUGGUUUACAGGAUCAACAGAGAAAAGAGAGGUGAAGUGGAGAGAAGAAUGCUAUGUGUUAUGCUUUGUUUUCUAUACAGUUUUCCUACAGAUUGUGUCUUAGGGGAAGGGAAAGGGGUUCGGGGGGCCUGACACUGGUUUGGCCAGAAGUGCAGUUCCUGAAACCAGGAAGUGUCUUGAAGCCCACCCUCAGGAUUUACUGUUUGUCUUCAGGCGGUGGCACUGGCUGCUACAGCAUCUUCACUUCUGCACCAUUAUGUCUCUAAAGAAACAGUACACAGAAAAAAAACUCUCUUAUCCUUCUUUUUUUGUUUACUUUUGUCAAAAAAAUGGAACCAAAUUUCAAAUAGAUUUUUUUGUGUUUCAGAGGAACGAUUUAAAGAGUUUUCCUUCACAUACUCUCGCUGCUCUCUAACUGCUCCCUAUGGUGCGGUUCAGUUUAUAGAUCUUUUCCUGCACAGAUCAUUUCCUUUGCCUAUGUCUAUAUUGACAUUGUAGGAAGGUUACUGUCUUAUAAUCACACCCAAACUGGAUUUGAUGUUGCAGCUUUUUCUCUAGAGCGAACAGGUGUUGGCUGCAAAAGGAUAAUACAACACAGAUCAGCUAACAGACAUGAUUGAGUUGUUUUUUUCUAUACUUUGAACACACCCCUGCCUGCUAUUGCAGUGCUCUCAUGUGGCUAACAUUUUGCACGUGACUCAGAAGUCCCUCCUUUUGUUGACAAAGUAAAACCUUGCUUAUUUCAGCCUGAGAACAGAUGUCAUGCAAAAAAGAAAAAGGGGGUUUCCAAAGUCCGGACUGUAGUCAAGCUAUAUGAAACGUGCAUGCACAUUCUGAAAAGCUGCAUGUAUGACCAACAAGCCCCCACAUUCAUUCAGCAGUGUUUCCAUCCACAUUUGUUUCUGUUAGAUGAGCCAUCUGCUCAGAAGUUUAAAAACUGCAAUAAACAAGGUUUUACUGUUUGUCCUCACUCUGUUUCUGCUAGAGGUGAGCAGAUUUCUCCUGAUUGCACACGCAAGGGCUGCUCACUUUCUGCUGAUACAAUUGAGAACGCUUCUUGAUUAUUUUGGCGAGCUACUUUAAAUUCUCUGGAAUCAUAUUAAUGUGUGUGCCACAUCACAUCAAGUUUGCUGUUACCUGAUAGUGUUACUGAAACCAUUUACAGAACAUGUGUCGGUUUGUUGUGUAUCUUUUUGCAGCACUAGUCUCUCCCGGGCUUCAACUUUAGGGUCGUCUUAAAUGCUAUGAUCCUCUGUGCUGUUAGUCACUGAUGAGUAAUGAUGGUGCUGUUUUGGGGAAAUUGGUUUUAAUUAAAGUUGGAGCGACUCAUCACUUGGCAGCUUCAAGGCAACUACAUUAACACAAAACAUCUUUGAACAGAUAUACUGUACAAGAGAAAUUGCCUAUAAAUAUCACAUUUCCUACUUCUUAGUUUAUUCUAUAACCAAGCUGCAGCCUCAAGUGUUCUUUAAUGUCAAAUAUCCUCUCUGUUUCUCUGUAUUUCUCCAACACGCACAUCCACUUGCUUACUUACUAAAUGCUUCUUAGAUUUCUUUUGUUUUGUUUUGCUGAGUUACUGAAGGUGACAAAGACAGCUGGUCGUGUUUGCUGUGUUGUCUGACACUUUUCGAUCCUCUGUUCCAUCACUUUUGUUUGUUUUCUGCCAUUUUGUUCCUUGCACCUGAUGUUUGCCUUGUCUUAUACUCCCAUCCAACUGUAAAGUAGAGUGGAAGAAGGUCAGCUGAAACUGCAGCUGGUUGAAAAGCCUAUCCUGUGACUUGAUAGGAUGCUGCAUUGUGCUGCGAGGCACAGGACCCGUGGGUGUGAGGCCAGACCCGAGGGCGAGCCUAGAUGUGAGGAGAGCUUUGUGUUGCCACAGUGACCAGACGUAAGGGGCCCAAAUCUGAUUUAGGGCUUUUUCUUUAAUUGGAUGUCAUACUAAUCAGGAGGCAGAUUUUGCUCUAAAUACUGGAAAAGUGUUUGAUUGUUUGUUUGUUUUGGCCAUUCUGCAAAAAGAAGAAACAUUUUCAGUUGUGUCUUAAUUUCGUAAGAAUGUUGCAAACAUUACAGUAAAUGUGAUACUUAAGAACUUAUUGGAAUUUAAGUUGUAAAUUAAUUUCCCACACAUGUAGUGGGUUUGGUUUGUGGGUGCAGGUACUAUCAUUUUAACUAAAUAUUCCGUUACAUCUCAGUUAUUUGUAUGAAAGUGUGUCAGGUCUUGAGCUGGUAAUGGGGGCUGUAGUCUUCUAAUUUGGUAUAAUUGUGCAACACGAGCACAGCAAUUUUCAAGUAUUAACAUUUGUCAUCAAAUGUUGAUGUUGUACUAUGAGGGAUCAGUGAGAACAUCAGACUAGAGGUCAAAGUAUCUGGCCCUUUGUCCUCGUCCGUGAAGGUAACAUGAUGCUGUUUUAGUGGUGUGUAGCGCCCUCUAUUGUCACACCAGUAGAGAGCCAGAAAAGUAAAGAAAAAGGGACUCAAGAUGGUAAAUUUCUGAUGCAAAAUACACCAUUGGAGAAUUUCAGUCUUAAUCACAUUUUCUUUGUCUUUGGUUCUCUUUGUUGUUAUUAAAUUGUUGAUUCAGUCCUAUUAAAAAGGCUAGGCGGUGGAAACAGGCAGGAGAACCAAACUGCACAUCUGAGUGACCAUGGCAGUACUGUCUGCUACAUGUGUUGUUUGAAGGCUUUUCUUUUUUAAACUAGUCUUAUUCUUGUGAAGAUGAAAAGAUUGCUAUUUUAUUUUUUAUUAUUUUUAUGUUAGUCACAGAGGCAAUGACUGUAAUAAUUAAGUAAUCCAGCGCUUCAUUUUGAUUGGAUGAUUAAAUGUUUACAUCUUUAGCACAAUGUGCCAAAGUUUCCUUCCUGUAUCUCUAAAUGAGGAAGAAUGAAAACAGGUUAAAGUCUUCGGAAAUACAGAAUGAGUCUCAAAGAACUAUUUCAGUGUUGGGUGCCUACAGUAUGUUGUGUUAUCACAUUGUUCUUCUCAGUCUCAGUUCGACCUGUAGGACACUCCAGGAGGAGGACGGGUCUCAGCUGCUGAGCUGGUGUCAGUCUUAUAAUGGACACAGGCUGAAAAUUAGUUUCCUUUUGGUAUCUUUAAAUUUGUCAGCAAGUCAUCGGUUAAGGCAGAACCAACCCUUGUGUAUUAGAUUUUGGAAAUAGCUAAAAGCAUCAUUCAAAGAGAGGAAGAACAUUGUCAAUCUUGUAUCUUUAGGUAUCUUUAUUAGCAUUAAAAAAGGGGGGGUCUUUAACUGAACGCCAUCUGUGAACAGAGAACAGAGAGAGUGUCCUCUCCACUGAGCCAGUAGGAUCAUCAAGAGGGGAGGUGUAAAGGUCAAGCUUCGUCCUCUCUCAGCUUUUCACUUAAACAGGGAGAAGACUUAGGUCGUGAUUCGUCCUGACUCGAGGGAUGUCUUUCCCCUUCAGACCACCUCAAAUCCCCUCUUGGGAUUAAGAGAAGAAGAGCCCUCUCUGAUAUGUGAAAAGCCCCACUGAGACAUCCAGCUCAGGACUGCUUAAGCUUCUCCAUCUUUUGCUACGAGUCACAGUAACAGUGUGUAUGAGUGAGGACACGAAAGGCUUAACAUGCACAUAAGACACUAUACUGUACGAGUCUCAUCAACCAGUAAUGACUGAUAAAAGAUGAAUCCAUAUAAAGGGACAUGAACUGAUGGGGUAAUGAUGUGGAUUAAUUUAAUGACAGUGGUGGGUGAAAUGGCACGAGGGGGUCACACAUGUAAAAGUGUAUAUUUUUGUAUAUACCUACAUCAGUGUGUGUACAGUAUGUACAUAUAUACACAGUGUACUCAGCCGCGGUUCCUAGUUUUGUUGUCUGACUGUACAGCGCUUCUAACUGUUCCCUGUUUUAUAGAAACUGCAGAAAUUCAACUUUGAAUGAGGAGAAAUGAUUAACUUAAAAUAAAUGCAUUUAUAUAUAU